UUCAUUAAAAUGCUUGUAUAAAAUAAAUUCCCUAUUUUUAAAAAAAAGGACCGUAGUUUUACUGCAAUUCAGUGCACAUACCUUCAUCUUCAAAGAUAUUGAUUAACGAAGUGAAACAGCAGUACAAUUCAUAUAUAUGUCGCGAUUUCUAACACCAUAAAGAUCAUACUAUUCGCCAGACAUCAAGUGUUGCUAUGGACUCUUUAUAUUCGCAAAUAAUUUAGUUAAAAUAGAACAUGACAGACCCAAAUCUAUCAAAGAUUUUCAUGCAAACACUGAUUGAGGACUUGAAAUCUUCAAAAAUUUAUACAGAUCUUCAAAAUGCUGCACAGAUUGAAAUCACCAAACCAGGGGUGAGACUAUCAGAAUUAAAGAAAGGUGUACAAGCUGGCUUAAUUCAAUCGGGAUGGGACAAGAGGUUAAAGAAUGCAGUUUUCAAAUACCUACAGACAAAACCAAAGUUACAAUACCCAGUAACACCACCAGAACAUUCUAAAGAACCCCUUCUGUAUCUCAGAAAAGCUCAGCAUGCAUGGGAGAAAAGAAUACUGAAGAGUUUAAAUAGCAUGUGUACAGAAUUGAAUAUACCUCUAGCCAGGAAGCGUCCAGAAAAAGAGCAAAAAGAAAUGAAUUCUAAAUGGACAGAACUUGGAGUGGAAGGUCCAGACAUUUUAUAUUCAGAGGAUUAUAUCAUACAUGACCUCACCCAAAUCAGACCAGUUUACGCACCAAAAGAUUUCCUUGAAGUGAUUGUAGGCAUACAGAAUCCUAACUACCACGGCGACAACAAUGGAUUUUUUCCACUAUGGGGAAUAGUUCAAGUUCCUGUCAAAGUCAAAAGUAUAAAUUUACUGAGAUUACAGUACAGUGAGAUGGCUAUUAACCAGUGUCAAUCUGGUAUAGAUGAUUCUACUGAUAUACCUUCUGAGUUGUUUGACUUAGACAGGAGUAAACUUGGGAAAAAAGUUGUCAAUGCAAACCAUGGUCCAGUAGCACAAGAGUUCUCUAAGAAAGGAUGUCCAAGUGGCUUAAGAGCCACACUAUGGGCUCAGAUGUUAUGUGUGGAAGUGGAUGAUGUGGACAAACUUUACUAUGAACAGUUGAAGACCAGUGUUUUACACCAUGACCUGUUAGUGGACAGCUUACUGUACAAGGAUGUCAAACUUACAGCCACCAAUGAUGACCAAUAUUUUGUGUUUGAAGAUUUCCUUUAUCAGGUUUUAUUGCCAUUCUCCAGAGAUACCUUUGUGCUAAAUCAUUUUUCACAGAACAGUGCUACACCUCCUAAAUCAUAUAUCAGAGGAAAGUUAGGUGUGGAAGAAUUCUCUGUUUUAUACCCACCUAAUGGGGUCAUUCCAUUCCAUGGAUUUGCAAUGUAUGUUGCUCCUUUAUGUUACCUAUAUAAUGAUCCAGUGAUAUUGUACUAUGUGUUCAGAGAGAUCUACACUCGCUAUUUCUACAGAUUACAUAGUAUAUCUUCUCAUCACCAGGGAAUUGUUGCACUGAGCCUGUUAUUUGAAGUUUUACUACAAACCCAUGAACCAGAGUUGUUUUUCCAUCUUAAGACAGUAGGAUGCCAGCCAUUGAAAAUAGCUUUUAAGUGGUUAGUGAGAGCGUUUUCUGGCUACCUGUCCAGUGAUCAGGUAUUGCUGUUGUGGGACCGAAUUUUAGCUUACAACUCAUUAGAAAUCCUACCAGUGUUAGCUGUCGCCAUUUUCUCAUUUAGGAAAACGAAUUUACUGAAAGUGCAAUCUUACAAUGCAGCAGAGGCUGUGUUAGCAGAUCUAACAACAUUACAAGUAAUACCAUUAAUACAGCUCAGUUUGUUUUCUAAAUGAACCCAGUUUUAAAGAGAUGUCAUGAUGGUCUUAUAAUUGAUUUGAAAACUACACAUGUGAACUUGAAAAACAAAUUUAUGUAUAUAUUGCUAUUAUUAUGUUUCUAUUGUACAUGCUUUUAAUCAUAAUUUGAAAAAAAAAUUAGCAAUAAAACUGUACCACAUAUAAGGAUUAUAACACAAGUCACAAAUCUGUGAAGAUAUUUAUAACAACAUUUAAUUUGUAUUUAAUGCCAUUCAUUUGUCCUGCUUGUCUUUAAAUAAUUCACAAUUAUACAACAUCAUGUAAAGUUUCCCUACAUUAUCAUGAACAUUUUAAAAGCAUUUAAAAUGAUCUGUCAUGAAUUUGAAUGUCUGUAUGAUAUUAUGUCUUUUGUCAUUACUACAGGAUUGGUGAUCUGUACCAAUUCUUAAUUUUAUCUGUUUCAAUGUGAAUAUCAUAUUACAUUUAGGAAAUUUUGAAAUAACCUUAUUAAGUUACACACCAAAAAGAACUGUAAAUCAAUCUUAUAAGAUAUUGUUUUUAAUAAUAUUGAACAAUGUCAUUAUUUAUGUUUUAUCAAGAACUGAUAUUGUGUCAUUUGAAGGUGAAAGUUGUGGUUGUGAUAAUAAAUGUUUAAUCAC